AUGUCUAAGGUUAAAAGUUGGGUUUGGAAUUACGCUAAACGUGUAGGAGAUAAAGCUUACUGCGAUUUAUGUGAAGAAAAUUCUAAUAAUGAAUUUUCGUGUGUUGGUGGAACAACUGGAUCAGUACUUCGUCAUUUAAAAAACAUUCAUAAUAUAUCAAACCAACAAGAAAGUAAUAAAACACAAAGUGAAGAAAGCAAUGAAAAUAUUAAUGAACAAUCAAAUGCCCACAAUUUAGAAUUAUGUGAUACUCAGAUUAGCACUUUUACUUCUACUUCAUCUUCUACAGUUCCAUCUCGAAAACGACGUCGUCGUAAUGAUUUAACAAGUGAAAGAAAUGAUACACCACCUUGCAGUCCUGAAAGAACUGAAAUUAUUCAUCAAGCCGUGGCUAAAAUGGUGGCUUUAAAUCAAUUGCCUAUAUCGUUCUGUUCUAGUGCUGGAUUUCAUUACUUCAUGUCCAUCGUAGAACCAAAUUACAAGGCAAUUAAGGAAGAGGCAUUAAAAAAGAGGCUUUAUGCACUAAAAACUGAUAUAAAAGAAAAAGUAAAAGAAAAAUUGCGUUCUGCUCAAAGUGUAUCGUGUACUUCUGAUUGUUGGUCAUCGUUGUCACAACAGUCAUACAUAACUAUAGGUGCACAUAUUAUUGAUACACAGUGGUGUCCAAUAUCAUUCACACUCACUACUCAUGAGUUACACGAACGACACACAGCAGAAAAUCUUACCCAGCAACUGGAGAACACUUUCAACGAAUGGGAAAUAGAUAAAAAAGUAGUAGCAGUAGUAACAGAUAAUGCUAAAAAUAUUGUAAAUGCCGUCACAUCAUUAAGUUAUAUUCCUGAAGUUUGUAGUAGUACAUGUGCAGCUCAUUCAUUGCAACUUUGUAUCAAUAAUUCUUUAAAAACAUAUACGAUAACUGAAAUAAUUCAAAAAUGUUCUAAAUUAGUUGGUCAUUUCAAACACUCCAAUGUAGCAAUGAAUGAAUUACAUAAAAAACAAGAACAAUUAGGCUAUCCCAAAAGUUCAUUGCUUCAAUAUUGUAAAACACGGUGGAAUUCAAUUUAUACAAUGUUGGAUCGUCUUUUUAUAAAUAGAAGUGUAAUAUUGUCUGUAUUAACCGAUAGAAGUAUAACUACAUCAGACAUAUGUAGAAAAUUGGAGAUUACAGAAAAUCAAUGGUGUUUAAUAGAAACUUUGAUAUGUUUACUGAAACCAUUUUACGUUCUUACAACAGUUCUUUGUAAAGAAAAUCAUUCUCCCGUGUCUAUGGUGAGACCUUUGCUUCACAAAGUUAUAGAAAAUCAUUUAAAAUCACAAGAUGACGACAAUAUAAUUAUUAAAGACUUCAGAAAAACGGUUGUAAAUGAAUUAACAAAGCGGCUUAAUCUUCAAUUUGAAAUUACUAAUAUAAUUUCUAAACAGCCGCAACAACAUACAUCGAUCGGUAAUAGCGAUCUCAAAUUUUUAUAUUGUCAUGAUGGUCUUCCUGAGAAUGAAAUAUCUGAUCAGUUUCAAGGCUACCUAGCAGAAACUCAGUUAAGAUUUGACUUUGAUCCAUUCGAGUGGUGGAAAACACAGGAACAUAAAUAUCCAGUUAUAGCGAAGUUGGCAUUAAAAUAUCUGACAAUACCGGCAACAUCAGUCAGUUCGGAAAGAUGUUUUUCUACAGCAGGUAAUAUAGUUACGUCAAAAAGAAGCUGUUUGCUGUCGGAAAAUGUUAAUAUGUUGAUUUUUCUUUAUCAAAAUAGAAAACUAUUAGAAUGA